GCCCGGCUGCGGCGGGCCUGAGGGUUGGCUGCGAGGUGGGCGGCGGCGGCGGCGGCGAGCCCGAGCCCCCGCCUCUCCUGGGGUACUAGGCCAGCGUCCGGAGGCCGCGCCGCCCCGAGGCAGCCCCUGGACAGGAGCCCAGGAGGCCGAGCGCUGCGACCUCCCGGCACCGGCGGAGCGGAACGGGCCUUCGCGGACGGGACAGCGCUCCGAGGUAGUUGGUCCUCUCCGGGGAGCCAUAGGCGUCAGGUGACCGGCUCGACAAGGUCCGUGUGACUCCAGGGCGCCCGGCAGGAGCCAUGGCAGCUUCCAGGCCGCUGUCCCGCUUCUGGGAGUGGGGAAAGAACAUCGUGUGCGUGGGCAGGAACUACGCGGACCACGCCAGGGAGAUGCAGAGCGCCGUGCCGAGCGAGCCCGUGCUCUUCCUGAAGCCGUCCACCGCCUACGCCCCCGAGGGCUCGCCGGUCCUCAUGCCCGCCUACAGCCGCAACCUGCACCACGAGCUCGAGCUGGCCGUGGUGAUGGGCAGGCGCGGUCGCGCCGUCCCGGAGGCCGCGGCCAUGGACUACGUGGCGGGCUAUGCCCUGUGCCUGGACAUGACCGCCAGGGACGUGCAGGACGAGUGUAAGAAGAAAGGACUGCCCUGGACUCUGGCCAAGAGCUUCACGGGCUCCUGCCCCGUCAGCGCGUUCGUGCCCAAAGAGAAGAUCCCUGACCCUCACAACCUGAAGCUCUGGCUCAAGGUCAACGGCGAACUCAGGCAGGAGGGUGAGACAUCCGCCAUGAUCUUUUCCAUCCCCUACAUCAUCAGCUACGUUUCUAAGAUAAUGACCUUGGAAGAAGGAGAUAUCAUCUUGACUGGGACACCAAAGGGAGUAGGGCCUGUUAAAGAAAACGAUGAGAUACAGGCUGGCAUACACGGGGUCGUCAGUAUGAGAUUUAAGGUGGAAAGGCCAGAAUACUGAGUCUAUGCAAAGCACCCUAACUUCUUAGGUUUCAGGAGAAAAGGGAGCAAGACAGAAGCAAGCCAGAAGCAAGCAUAGGUUAUUAAAUGUGACAAUCAUUUAAUUAAAAAAUCUUUAAAAAUGAUUGGAUCGCUAUGCUUCAACUCAAGGAAGAUAGACCCUCCAAUUAAAAAGUGAUUUAGAAGAGCUGGGCCAGAAAUGGAAAUGAGAAAUGCUGUCUUCCAGGAAACAAUCAGAAUAAAGUAUUUAUGAUGCUUCCAAAGUGGAGAAUUUAUGAGGCCAAGUGUUCAGAAGAUUUACUCGCCUUUCCUAAAACUGGACUGGCUAAGACUUUUCAGUGAGUCAUUCUAAGAUCAGUAGUUCAAGAUUUAAAAUCUGCAAAGGAAGCUGAAAAGAGGGUUUCAUCAGUGUUUCCCAAAUUUCUGUGAUCAUGAAAAUCAGCUGGAGAUAUUUAUAAAAAUAAAAAUUUCCAAAUUACUGGCACAUCCCAGGCCCAAUGUAUUAAUUAAUGGGAUGGAAUUCAUCUCCAGCAUUCCAAAUGAUUCUUAACACAGAAAUGUGGAAAAACACUACUCCACAUAAUCAGUGAAUUAAAGCUGUAUUUAAUAAGUGAACAAUUGGUGAAGACCUCACUCGUUUACUUAGGGUGUGUACCCUCACCCACAGAUUCUGAGUUUGGGAGAUAAUUUUGAAACUAUUGUUUUCCAAAUAAAUAUGCUGUCUUUUGUGUGGC